UUCCGGAACCGUUUCAUGGGUGCCUCUCUUUAACAAUACACGGCUGGAGGGAGUCGGGGGCGCGCUGGAAGCGUUACUCAAGAGGGUGAAGCGACUCUUGUAAGCACAUUUUCCCCUCGUUAUACCUCUUCCUCUCUACAGCAGCGAUCGGCUUUUCGCCACGAGUCAUUGCUUUUUACUCCUCUUUGGGACGGAAAGAACGAUAUUUGAAGUCGGAGGAGAAAGACCUGUUUGCUGUUUUAGGCAGGGGCUGGCUGGCUGUCCCCCGCUCUUGAAAUGAUUUGACGACAGCUCCGGAAUAUUUCUUGAAUCCCACUUCCCCAAACGUGCUUUAUUGUAACUGAAACAUAACGUAGAUCUAUUUUGUUCUGAGGAUUUAUUUGUAACGAAUUUAAAUCUAUUUGUUUUCAAAAGGACAAAACAGUUGUAUUCUUUGGAAUCUUGGACUUUCUUCAAAGGAGUUGAGUGUGUACGUGGGAAUCUUAUUUCAAACGUGUAACCCUGCAAAGCUUCUAAGCUAAACAUUGUGGACAACUUUAUAACAGGUCUUCAGUGUGACAACAACAUUCAAGUCUCAGUGCCUCUGUUGUUUUCCUUCUCCCCCCGAGACCUGAGAAGAGCGAAAGCUCCAGCAAUGAGGGGUGUGAGUUAGCCCAGGCGGCGCCUUCUGCAACAGCUCGGAGAAUGUCGUGAGUUACUCUCACAACACGUGACUGAGGGGCCAACAGAAUUUGUCCUCCAAGACGACAACUUUCCUCGACCAACUUUUCACUUCACUUCCACCCCACGGGAUUACAGUACAGCUUCGUGCUGGGUUUUUUGCUGGAUCGUAUUUGAAUUUGGUGGUUGUAUUAAUUGUUACUAUAGUGCAGCACAAGCUGAGUUUUAUUUUUAGCUUUUCUUUUACCGGACUUGUUUGCUUUCAAAGGGCACUUUGGAUUUAUUGAAUUUCUGUAAAUGUGUGGACAAGACGUGUGGGAUUUAUUGACGAUUUUGAAUCGACAUUCUGUUCCCAUCGUGUGAGGGAUCUCUGAAAAUAAUAUCUUCAAAAUGGCUGUUCGUGUAUGGAAAGUGGGCGCCUACUUGAUGUGUCUGGUUCUUUGGGAGUUAUUACUGGUGACAUCAGCGGUGUACGCCACAGAGGAAGUGUUUAUCACCUACGCCAGAUGCCGGGUGCAAUGUGUCACACAGUACCUUCCCGAAGAGAAACGACAAGACGACAACGCAUGCAGAGACACGAAUAAUUACCGGCGGGGUUACAACAGGGACUGCUACGAGUGUUGGGACCUGUGCAAGAAGUUUGCGGAGAGCAGUGCCCUACGGAAACACGGAUGUGACCGCAAGAUUCGUUGCGGCGAUGGCUGCCAGACUGCUUGUUCAUUCCUCACAAAGAAACCAAAAGCCCCAGCACUGACGGGCGAGUGGCGUUUCCCCGAGGAUGUCAACUCGGAUUCGUCCAAUCCACGCGAGCUGAUGAUAGAGUGGCAGGCUCCGAACCUGGUGUCCGGCGACACGGAUGACGUCACCAGUCCAACGGAAGCCGAUUACCGGUCGGAAGUUGGCCCCGUUAUCUACGUGCUCGCCACCAGGAACUUCAACCAGCCGCAGGACGGAUGGAAGAUUGUUCAGCAGCUGGUAUCCACUCGUGUUCGGAUAGACAUGGACGCUGUCCCUUUCUCCCCGGAGUUCCUGCUACUGGCUGUCUCAGAGGCCGGUCUCAUGACGCAGAUAGAGUUCAAGACAAACUCUUUGGUUCAGACUGACCUGAACCAGCCUAAAGGGGCGGAGUUCCGCAAACUUCUGGACUCGGACGGAGCCGGCUGGUACGUGAACAAGUACGACGGGGUCAACGCCACCCUGACCCUGUCCACUCACGUAGUCAACACAGACUCCGGUUCGUACUCGGUCCAGAGAGCUGAGGUCAAAUUUCACGGACCUGAUUGGCUGAGGGAAGAUACCGCGCAUGCGUACCCCAUGUACUGGAUCUUCAUCGACUGCUCGUCCGCCUACUCCUUCCUGCCCGACUGUAACCUGGCCAAAGACCAUUUCGCCGCCACGGUGACGAAUAGAGGCACGGAGGAGGCGGCCUACACCGUGGACGAGCUCCGGUUCAACAGCAUUUACCAGCUGGUCAUUCACCUGGGCGAAGACUACCGCGUGAAGACGGAACUCGUGCUGAAGACGUCACCGUGCCAGGAGCCGGACAAACUCAAACUGAGCCACUGCCUGGACAAGAUAGAGGAGGAGUCGAGACCAUCGGCGCCCAUACGGACGAAGGAGGGCGAGGAUUACGAUCCUGACGUCCUGCGACUGUUUGUCAACGUGUCCUCGAUGGUUCUUCCACCGGACUCCGAUCUCGUUCUGGUGAACAUCACGUGGUCUCCCAUCGUGAACCAAUCGGUAGCCUUCUACAACGUGACGACAUUCGUGGAGAACUACCCGUUCAACGUUCAGCAGACGUCUACAUCUCUGUCGCAUGUGUUGCUGCGGUUACAACAGAACACACAGUACCACGUCCAGGUGGAGGCCCUGGUCCGCCCCCAGCCCGGUGAGGUGCCCCGCCUGCUCCCUGUGGUGGACCGUCUACAGUUCAACACCUCCGAGGUCAACCUGGCCAUCUACCAGGGGCCGCAACCCCUCACGCUCGGCACAGAUCACGAGAUGGGUCGGGUGAACAGUAUCAUCAUCGGAGUCACUAUCGUCAUCGUCCUUCUCUUCCUCUCCAUUCUCCUCGGCCUACUGUACAAAAAGAGAAAGAGCUUCAAAGACAUCAUCGUUACCAAGGCGACAGUUGCCAAGAGCAACAGCUACAAAUCUAACGUUGGAGGCAAAUCUGACUACUCGAAUCAGCUGAUCGUGUUCUCUGAUGAGUGGGAGCUGGACCCACACAGCCUCAAGUUCAGCACACUGCUGGGCCAGGGAGCGUUUGGCAAAGUGGUCACUGGAUACUAUGAGGACCAGAAAGUGGCUAUCAAGAUUGUCAGAGAGGGCGCCCCCCUAUCCUACAAGGAGGACCUGGUGGCCGAGAUCAACUUGAUGAAGCGUAUCGGCAGCCAUCCGAACAUCGUGUGCCUCAUCGGAGCCUGCACCAUGUCGGAACCUAUUGCCCUCGUCAUGGAAUACGUUCCGUAUGGGAAUCUCCAGAACUUCUUGAAGAAGUGCCGCAUGGACGGUGAUGUGCGCAAGCGCUGUGACGGCCCCAGCGAGAUAACGUACACGGUGAUCCAGGACAAUGGCAGCAUGGAGAGCGGAGUGGUCACCCCAGUCGACAUGCUGUCCUUCGCCAGACAAGUGGCCAUGGCAAUGGAGUACCUAGCGGAGAAGAAGUACGUCCACCGAGACUUGGCGGCUCGCAACGUGCUCAUCGACUACAACAAAGUGGUCAAAGUCUGCGAUUUCGGCCUGUCACGUGACAUCUUCAACGACAACCACUACAAGAAGUUGACCAAUGGCAAGCUGCCGCUCAAGUGGAUGGCGAUCGAGUCUCUGAGAGACCGGAUGUUCACCACUCAGUCGGACGUGUGGUCCUUCGGCAUUUUGCUCUGGGAGAUUGUGACCAUGGGUGCCUCCCCGUACCCCAACGUGGCUCUGGCGGAUCUCUACUACGUCCUGUCCAACGGCUACCGCAUGGACAGACCCAGCAACUGCUCACAGGAACUGUACGCCAUCAUGCGAGCGUGCUGGGAAGACGAGUCGACGGACCGACCUAAUUUUACUCAACUCCGCCUCAUGCUAGAGGACCUCCUGAUCGAGGACCGAGACUACCUUGUCCUCGAGGACAUCGACGUGCCCCUCACCCACAGCGACAACAGCAGCUCCCCCAUCCCGGGCGCCAUCACGGAUUGCCCGGACCCCCACAGCCCAACCUCUCCGGUCAGCUCCGACUCCAUGAGCGGCGCCACGGCGGCUGUCAGUGGCGGGGACUUGAGACCUUACGCUGGUCGCUCCGGCCCCACCUCCACCUCCACCAGCCCGUCCCAGGCCAUGCUGAAGGGCGUGAAGAAGGUGUCCCCACGACGGGACAACAUGCGAAUCAACGUUUGCAUCCACCAGAAGUCCACGGAUCGGUUGAUACGGCCAAGUGAGAGCGACUCCAGUCCUUCUUCGUGUUAACGGAGAGAGAGAGAGAGAGAGAGAGAGAGAGAGAGAGAGAGAGAGAGAGAACAGAGAGAGAACAGAGAGAGAGAG